UUCAAGAGAGGAGAGAGAAAGAGACUGCCAAGUCUACUCUUGGAGGUGACUUUUGUGUCUGGGUUUUGACCAUUUCUCCCUUUCUCUAGCUCUCUCUAGUUCAAAACACAGAGAAAAGAAGUGAAAGAAGGAAAGAAAGAACCAAAAGCAAAGAAAAGAAAAGAAAAAAAGAAAAGAAAAAAGAGAGAGAAAGAAAGAGACGUAUUAUUGUCUGAAUUCUGAACCCCAGAGCUCGACUCUCACACAGUGGUUUUUUCUUUUCUUUUCUUUUUUUUUUUAAUUUUACUUUCUAAAAUAACCCAUCUCCGUCAACAUCAUCAUCUUGCCGUGGAAGGGAAUUACAGACCAAAAUAUCUCUUUUAUUCAUGCUCUCACAGAUCCAACUCUUUCUCUUCUCCUCUUUAGCUGCUUUUUGACCUAGAUAUAUAGACUUGAUGGAUUGGAGCUUCAGACGUGAUCAUAAUUGGUACUGUUGUAAUUUUGGUAGAAGCUUUGCUUCGUUUUUAAUGAAUUCAUAGCUUUGGAGUAGAUCAGUCUUACAGUAUCUUGUUGCUCAGCUUCUGAUUUUGCCAUUAAUUGAUAGUACAAGUCUUAAAGAAUUCGGGUUUUGUAUGGAAGUUGUGAAUAACAAGUGAGAGAUUAUAGUUGUAGUGGUGAUCAACAAAAUGGGUGGGAUAUGCUCCAGAACAAGGAGGUCCUCCUCUAUAGACAAUGCCAAUGUAAAUAAUGCUCCUAGUGGAAGCUAUCCUCAUUCUAAUGGCCAUUUGGGUAACGGGUCUUAUGCACUUCCCAUGAAACUGGAUAGCAAUUCUACGCCGUCCUCUGCCGGUAACAGCAUGGAUAUGCAGCUACGCGAUCCGUUUUCUUUUCAAGAGGUUAAUGUGGUUCCUUAUAAGAUCGGCUUGGACGACACCAAUGAUGGGAUUCCACACUUGUCUAGGACCUUGUCGCAGAAAUCUAGAUCGACCAAGUCUAAGCAGGUUGCAGUUGCAAAGGUGUCGGAAGUGAGCUCGCUUUUGGGUAGGGCUGGUACUGUUGGUCUUGGGAAGGCAGUAGAAGUUUUGGACACGCUUGGUAGUAGCAUGACAAAUUUGAACCUCAGUAGUGGUUUUACCUCUGGAGUGACAACAAAGGGAAACAAAAUUUCUAUACUGGCUUUUGAAGUUGCUAACACAAUUGUUAAAGGUUCCAAUCUAAUGGAAUCCCUUUCGAAGGAUAACAUCAGACGCUUAAAAGAGGAGGUGCUGAUAUCGGAAGGAGUGCAGAACUUAAUAUCACGGGAUAUGGACGAACUCUUGAGGAUUGCUGCAUCUGACAAGAGAGAUGAACUGAAAGUUUUUUCCGGUGAAGUGGUACGUUUUGGAAAUCGUUGUAAAGAUCCUCAGUGGCACCAUUUGGAUCGAUAUUUUGAGAAGUUGGGCUCAGAACUUACACCACAGAAACAAUUGAAGGAAGAUGCAGAGACACUGAUGCUGCAAUUGAUGACUAUGGUUCAUUAUACAGCCGAAUUGUAUCAUGAGUUGCAUGCCUUGGACAGAUUUGAGCAAGAUUAUCGACGUAAGCAUCAGGAAGAGGAUAACUCAAAUGCUGCUCAAAGAGGAGACAGCCUAGCAAUUUUAAGAACAGAGUUAAAAAGUCAAAGGAAGCAUGUGAGGAGCUUGAAGAAGAAAUCCCUCUGGUCCAAGAUUCUAGAAGAGGUAAUGGAGAAGCUCGUAGACAUAGUACAUUUCCUGCAUGUUGAGAUUCACGAAGCCUUUGGUAGUGCUGAUGGUGAUCAACCAAUAAAAGGGUCUCAUAACAAAUUGGGUUCUGCUGGUCUCGCAUUGCAUUAUGCAAAUAUCAUUACUCAAAUUGAUACUCUUGUUUCUCGAUCAAGUUCCGUGCCUCCCAAUACGAGGGAUGCUUUAUAUCAAGGGCUUCCACCUACGAUAAAGUCAGCUCUGCGCUCAAAAUUACAGUCAUUUCAAGUAAAGGAAGAGCUUACCAUCCCUCAAAUCAAAAUUGAAAUGGAGAAAACAUUGCGUUGGCUUGUCCCUGUUGCAAAUAACACGACCAAAGCUCAUCAUGGCUUUGGUUGGGUUGGAGAAUGGGCAAACACAGGGUCCGAUGUGAAUCGAAAACCUGCUGGUCAGACCGACUUGCUAAGGAUCGAGACGCUACACCAUGCAGAUAAGGAGAAAACCGAAGCUUAUAUUCUCGAACUGGUUGUGUGGCUUCACCAUUUGGUUAGCCAAGCAAGGGCUGGAAAUGGUGGCAUCAGGUCGCCUGUCAAAUCCCCAAUACGCUCCCCAAAUCAAAAGACAAUUCAGCUGUCCUCGUGCAAACCCAACUGUCCGUCACCCAUGUUGACAGUUGAAGAUCAGGAGAUGCUUCAGGAUGUGGACAAACGGAAACUGACACCCGGAAUAAGCAAGAGCCAGGAAUUUGACACUGUGAAGACCAGGUUAAGCAAGCAUCAUAGGCUGAGUAAAAGUAGUAGCCACUCCCCAGCGAGUGAAACUAGGAAGGAUCCAUUUCCUAUUAGGAGACCAUCUUCCGUUCCGGUUAUCGACUUUGAUAUUGACCGAAUCAAAGCACUAGACGUCAUUGAUCGAGUGGACACGAUUCGAAGCAUUUAAGUAGAGGUAUACGCUGAGAUGCACAGGUGAAGGAUUCUCCUGCACAUUUGAAACAAAUCCAUCCUCAUCCAUUUUUGUUGUUGGGGCCUUCAUGCUUCAUAGGUUGUGGCUGCGUAUUUUAUGCGUGAAUUAGUCGGAUAGGUGAGUGAUGGAAAUCGCUGUUUUUUUGAAUGUGAAAAUUUAUGUGAAAAUCUAGAGUGAUAACAUACGGUUCGAGGGAAAUUGAAUUGCUGUAGAGUUGGAAAUGGAUGGAUAUUGGGAUAUAGUUUUCCUUUGUUCUGUGUGUACAGAGUAAAUCAAUAAUUGAAUAUUAAUGGAUU